GAUUAAUUACUCGACAACGGCUUCUUUCUGUGACACUUAUAAAACACAUUACAAUCGAUUAAUUAAAACUGUGCAAUAUUCAUACUAUUAUAGUAUUAUAAUUUCUUAAACACAUUUAAUACGGCCAAGUGAUGACAUUUCUUUUCAUUUGCGCUGAUUUGCGCUAAGCACUUGUUUAUAUUAAUGUUGUAUCGAGGCGCAAGCGCAAAAAUCCAACUCCUAAUCGUAACAUUGCGCAGCAAUGGGGUGGUAGAGGGUGCUCGGAUCGAUGCGGUGGUAGCGGCCGAGAGUUUUCAUGUCGCCGACGAUUCGGUUUCACGCGGCUCGUUCGCCCCAACUCGGUCAGGCGCGACGCUCAUUGACAAUUGCUCGAUCGUCGUCUACCCGGCAGACAGAGUGGACGUUUCGUGCGAGUAUAAUUGCCUUCUUAUCUACCUAUUUAUUCGCGCGGUCUGCUCAGUAUGUCUUUCCUUCGGCUUGUCGUGUACGAAUCCACUCGGCUGUUUCCCUUUAACAGAUCGUCCCGCGGUUGUCAAGUAUAAAUCGCAACAACGCGCCGCUUACUACAUUUUUCGGUUUAUCUGCCUGAUAAUCGUGACGCCGUUUAUGACAUCAUUGCGAUAUGAGCACAAAUGCUCAACCAAAGGUGACGAUAACGAUUGGCAGAAGAUUGACGAAGUCGAAAUAUCGUGGCCAAGUGAUAGGACGUCGUGCGGAUAUCGAGCGUUAAUCAAGAAGCUAUCGUCCCGAUGCUUAGCAGCGAUUUUCUCGAAACCACUUUAAAGUCUCUUCUCGAGCAUGAGCUCGAGUCGAAGAUCCGGCUCCGGCGGGAGCCGGGCGAACGCCGGCGUCCUCAAAGAGCGCGCCAAUAUGUCGUUCAUGUUGGUCGUUAUGUUCUUUGCUGUGUUCGGUCUCAUUGUUCUUACGGAAAUAUUCUUGAUCGAUGAGAGGCGCGGCGUGAGCGUCGGCGGCACCGGCGUACUCGGCGGUCACAGAAGCGGCCAUCGAUUGCCAGUUGCACCCGAUCGUCCGGAUUACGGCGAAGUGGGGGCUGAAGAUUAUGCCGGUUUGAAGGGUAGUUUCGAUGAGCACGUUGGAUUAUUAGUUCACGGAGAAGACGGUGAGCAGAAGACAGUAAUACGCCCAGAUCCGCGUAGCUUACCGAGAUUACCGCCCAGCUUGGAAGCCCGUUUACCGCAGCUAGAUCAAAACUUGAAGAUCACGCAUGCCGAAUGGUUGCCAGUCACUAAUACGAGGUUUAAAUUCUUCGUUUACUCGGCAUACUUUGACGACAGAGUCAGCGGCGCGAGCAUAUCGGCGGGCAAAAAUCCAGGUAUAGUACGUGUGAUAAGCGCUACCAAAACCAGAGGCCCGGAACGCGUUUGGUGUAGAUUUUGGUAUCAACAGCAAAAUGGUGCAAAUGUCACUGCCUCGGUGACGGUAGCUGCUAAAGUUAAGGUGAUCCGGGAGAAUUGGAAUCUCAAGUAUAGCGCUUGUUUCGUGAUCUGUCCGUUGCCUAAAGAAUCUCCGAUGACAAACAAAGUGCCGGAAGCAGUCAGCGUCGUGGCGAGGUUGCGAGCGGCCCCGACGAAUCGUAUUCUCGUUCAGAAUCGUCACGAAAGCAGGACGAACGGCAAAGAAUCUCUGGCUAUUUGCGUCAAGCCUCUACACUAUUAUUAUAACAGGGUUUUGCAAUUAGUUGAAUUUAUCGAGCUGCACAGACUCCUGGGCGCCACUCACGUCACUCUGUACAACGAUACCGUAGGAGCGGCGGCCGGUUGCGCGCUGAAGUAUUACGAGAGUAAAGAUCUAGUUACGGUAUUACCCUGGCAUCAUCUCGACAUGAUUUCCCAGCGGGAAAUUCGCACGGAAGGUCUCUUCGCGGCGCUCAACGACUGUCUCUAUCGAUCUAUGUACAAGUACGAAUAUGUGGCACUCGUAGAUCUCGACGAAUAUAUUAUACCAAGGCACAACGAUACCAUAAUUGAUUUGCUACGAUGGAUGGGAAAUCGGAUCAACGUUAAAUCCACGGGCGCGUUUUCCUUCCAAAAUGCCUUUUUCUACUUACAAUGGGCCGAUGAUCCGUUUAUUGUAUCCAGUCGCACUCCCAUUGAGGCCAAUUUGAUCACUCUGAAGAAAACUCGGCGCAGGACUAAACUGCAUCCGCAUAAGCAACGCUCCAAAUAUAUCUGCAAGCCGCAGGACGUAGUAGAGGCGGGGAAUCAUUUUGUGUGGGAGUUCAUCCCGGGUCAUGGUACCCUAAAUGUGCCCUCCGACGCCGCGAUUCUGCAUCAUUACCGCGUCUGCGAGUUCGGUGGUGAUGACUGCAUCAAAACGCAGUCGAUCAUUGACAAGACGGCCUACAAGUACAGAGAACGGCUCGUCGCUAACGUUGACAAGACUUGGACGGAACUGCGCGCCGAAUGUUCGCUGCCGGAGCUCGAUUCAGUGCCGGUGUUGACGCCGCGAAUCAAAGUCAACCCGCUCGGCAAAUCAAUCAGGUAGCGAAAGACUGUCGUCGAUAUUCUGUGGGACGUUCACAAUUUCACUGGCACGCCGAAAGUCGGGAGAACCUAUUUCUAUAACUACGGCGGUCCUUAGUUUUCUUAAACUAAGCUAAGCAGGGUCCCAUUUUUUUACGAAAUUCUCGACGAACUCGCGUCCUUAAAUUCGCGAAACAGAAGAGGACGCCUAGCAAUAUACGAUGCAUAACGGUAAAAGUUAAUGGGAACUAUAUUAAUAGAAACUACCGUAAAAUGAGAAAAAAAAGAAGAAGAAAAGAACGCAACGCUCUGAGUAAAACGCGGAUUAAUCAUAUUUUUCUAUGUGACGGAUUCUUAAACGAUUAGCAAGGUCUGGAGACAACCUGUCGAAUCUCGAUCGAGUUUGUUUCUCUUGUGCUACAUGGAGGUGCUUCUCUCUUAGAAUUUUAUACAAAUUCUUGUAUCUCUAUCUUGCAAUUUUUUGUUCGCACACAGCAAAUGUGAUCAUCCAGGAUAACGACCAUUGUUACAGACGGCCUAAAUCAGGCUAAACAAUACAAAUGGCGAUAAAUGACGAGCGAAAUAUUAUACCUAUUGUAUUGUUAUACAUUAAGAGUAUAUCAGUUUUUUUUUUAAUAUUUGUAAAUCCGCACAACUUAUCCACGCAUAUCCAUAAAAUCAAUAAUUAGGAUAGCAAUUUAUGUAAUAUGCAUUCCGAAGCAUUACCGAAAUGUUAAAUAUUAAAUUUG